UCUUCAUCAUCUCCAAUAAUAAACUCAUAAGACUCCCUCUCUCUCCCUCUCUCUCUCUCUCUCUCUGCCUUCCUCUCUCGACCGUAAAAAAGACCAGACAAGAACGUCAAAUACAAGGCUGACUGGAAGACCUAUCACGGCCUCACCUCUCCCAAGCUUGUCCAGUCUCGGAUUUGUAGUAAUAGUAAUACAAUAUAUAUGUGCUGCUCCAUUAAGGUGGCGGGCCAGAGAAGAACCAGCUCCUCCUCCGACGACUUCCCCUUCCCCAGUUACUUCCCUCCCCACGAAUCUCCCUCCGGCUCGGGGCAGGGCCCCGACUCUGCCCUCCCCGCUGCACAGCAGCAGCCGCCGCCUCAGGAGGUGGGAGCUGCGGCUGUUGCUUUCGGCAGAGAGGCGGAGAUGUCAGAGAUGGUGUCGGCGCUGAGACAUGUUGUGUCAGCGGGGCAGAGAGGCGGCGGCGGCACUGGAUGGGACUCGGCAGCCGCCAGCGACGUUUUUGGGUCAGUAUUGAUAGGGACGGAGAGCAAUUCCACCAUGUUCUCGUUUGCUUCUUCGUCGCCAUCUCCUUCCACUUCGCAUCCUUUCUCCGCCUAUUCGAAUACUGGCGUGCUCGGACGUUCGUACUCCGUUCCCGUAGUGGGGCAGAAGAGAGUCCGGGAAGAUCGCGAGACGUCAAGUUCGGUUCGUUUGAUCGAUUUCGGAGGUUCACGAGUGGAAUCACCGUCUACUGUCUCAGCCGCUGAGGAGGCAACCGCCACCGCUCCACCGCCAGCCUCUGCCACUCCGACCGGCGCUACAACGCCAUCAACCCCGUCGGGUGAAUCCACAUCGUUCGAAGAAUCACCGGGCGGAGGAGAGCAAAAGAGGAAAUACAGGGGAGUGAGGCAGAGGCCGUGGGGCAAGUGGGCGGCCGAGAUAAGAGAUCCGCACAAGGCCGCCCGGGUGUGGCUUGGCACCUUUGACACCGCAGAGGCCGCCGCUCGUGCCUACGACGAGGCCGCCCUCCGGUUUCGAGGAAACAGGGCCAAGCUUAAUUUCCCCGAAAUCGUCCGCCAGAAUGUUAAUGCCGUUCCCCAAAGAGCACGCCCUGAAUUGACAGCUGUAUCUUCGGCCAGUGUCGUCAGUGGCCCGCUGGGCCUACAGAUGGCAAUGCCGCAGCCUCCGGUGCCGUCCUCCGACCAGUACGGAGACUACUGGGAGUACUCUCGGCUUCUACGAGGGCAGCCCUCAGGCCUGCUGGAUCAGAUGCUCGGCUCUUAUAACACUCCGCAGCAGGCCUCAUCCAUUCAAUCGCCGUCAUUGUACACAAGCCCACCUUCGUGGGCUCCUCCGCCGCCCCAACGGCCUCCUAUUCUUCAGGAGCCGCCACCUUCAUCCAUGCCAUCGUCGACCUCAUUUACCUCAUUUACGGACUCAUCACUCUCCGUAUCUUUUCCCCUGUUGUAUUCGGGGCAGCAGCUAGGGUAUUUCCCGCAGCAACCAGCCGGGAACCAGAGUCGCGUGGGCGGCAACAGCAUUAUCGGCGGGUCAAAUUUCCCGGAGUCCUGGUCCACCUCCGGCCAGUACCCUCCUCCAUCAACCAGCAGCUGAAGUUAGAUUGAAUCCAAUACACGUCUUUUUUUUUCUUUUUCUUUUUUGGGCUAUUAUUUGGAAAUAAUUAAUUAAAACAGUUUCGUGAUUAGAUUUUGGUGAGCCAGUGAUUAUUAAUCUCUAUAUGGUGCAGUUUGUAAAUUACCCUUCAUGCCGACUAUGGACCUUACUCGAGGAUCAAACUCAUGAUUCCUCGUGACCAAUGUCAAGCCGACGUCUACGAGUGAGCAUCUUGCAGUCUCGUAAUCUCGUUGGGAAAAAAAAAAGUAGUGCUGUAUUGCUUAUUAA